UCCGGGGAUGUCACACCGCUGCUGUUCUCUCCCCUCAGUCCCUCUCGCUCUCAGCGCACAGCUCCGGUUGGACCGACCGACCGACAGACUGACUCUGGGCUCUGGAGUGGAAAAAGAGAGACGACAAGUUAAACCCGGAAUCGGAGAGAGGCCCGAACAUGGCAGAGCUCGGAGCGGGCAGCCUGCCGUUGGGGGGAGAUCCUGCGUUUAACUACCAGGAGCACGAGCUGAGCGAGCGGCUGAAGCGGCUCUACCCGGCGGUGAACGAGGAGGAGACCCCGCUGCCCCGGUCCUGGAGCCCCAAGGAUAAGUACAGCUACAUCGGGCUGUCACAGAACAACCUGCGGGUCCACUACAAAGGCCACGGCAAGAACCACAAAGACGCAGCAUCAGUGAGAGCCACACACCCAAUCCCCGCCGCCUGUGGGAUCUACUACUUUGAAGUCAAGAUCGUCAGCAAAGGUCGAGAUGGGUACAUGGGCAUCGGCCUGUCUGCCCAGGGAGUCAACAUGAACAGACUGCCUGGAUGGGACAAGCACUCAUACGGUUACCACGGGGAUGACGGCCACUCCUUCUGCUCCUCCGGCACUGGCCAACCGUACGGCCCGACGUUCACCACGGGGGACGUGAUUGGCUGCUGCGUCAACCUCAUCAACAACACUUGCUUUUACACCAAAAAUGGCAUCAGUUUAGGUGUAGCCUUCACAGACCUCCCUCCCAACCUGUACCCCACCGUGGGCCUCCAGACACCGGGCGAGAUCGUAGACGCCAACUUUGGCCAGCAGCCCUUUGUGUUUGACAUCGAGGACUACAUGAGCGAAUGGCGGGCCAAGAUCCACGGCAUGAUCGCUCGCUUUCCCAUCGGAGAGAGGCUGGGAGAAUGGCAGGCCGUCCUGCAGAAUAUGGUGUCCAGCUACCUAGUGCACCAUGGGUACUGUGCCACCGCAACAGCCUUCGCCAGAGCCACAGAGACCAUGAUACAAGAGGACCAGACGUCUAUAAAGAACAGACAGAGAAUACAAAAGCUGGUGCUGGCAGGACGGGUGGGCGAAGCCAUAGAAGCUACGCAGCAACUUUACCCCGGCCUGUUAGAGCACAACCCCAACCUACUAUUCAUGUUGAAGUGUCGUCAGUUCGUGGAGAUGGUGAAUGGCACAGACAGUGAGGUUCGCUGCUUGUCCAUUCGCUCCCCCAAGUCCCAGGACAGUUACCCGGGUUCACCCAGCCUCAGCCCCCACCACGGAGCCAGCAACACACACCUGCACACUGGAGGAGCAGACAGCCCCACCUGCAGUAACGGUGUGACUCCCCCCAGUAAAUCAAAGAGCCACGGCGGCACUGGGGGCAGCAGUGUCAAAUAUCCCAGCGCGUCCUCCUCCGCGUCCUCCUCCACCUCCUCCUCCCCUUCCUCAGUCAACUACUCUGAGUCCAACUCCUCAGACUCCACCAAGCCGCACAGCGCCAACAGCGCCCAGGAAACCAGUGACAGUGAGAUGGAAAUUGAAGCAGAGCACUAUACCAACGGAGUUGUUGAAGGCUCUUCCGCGCGGAUCAUGAAUGGCACAUACAAACAUGAAGAGAUUCUUCAGCCAGACGACAACAGCAUUGGCAAUGGGGUCACAGCAGAUGAGAGUUGUAGUAAUGGCAAAACGCUUUGUGGAGGGAACCAGGCAGCCACAGAGAGGAUGAUCCAGUUCGGACGGGAACUGCAGGCGCUCAACGAACAGCUGGGCCGCGAGUACGGCAAGAACGCCACGCACAAGAAGAUGUUACAGGAUGCUUUCAGUCUGUUAGCGUACUCCGACCCGUGGAACUGCCCAGUCGGCCAGCAGUUAGAUCCCACGCAGAGAGAAUCACUCUGCUCCGCACUGAACAGCGCCAUACUGGAGUCCCAAAAUCUGCCUAAGCAGCCUCCUCUGAUGUUAGCGCUGGGUCAGGCCACAGAGUGUGUUCAGCUCAUGGCCCGAGUCCGGUCUGGUUCCUGCUCUUUCGCCAGAGUAGACAACUUUUUGCACUAGCCCCGGUUCAGGUUGAUGUUUAGUAGCACUGAGGGAAGGCAUGUCCAGCAGGUAGUUGUCGUGGCGACGGAGGAAAGAGCAUGCGUGUGAUUGGUGUGUUUGGCUGUCCGUCAGACCGAGUCAGCGGCACAGACCGAGGAGCGGCGGGAGGAGAGCGAGAGAGAGAAGAAAGCUUCCUUUUAAUUUUUUUUUAGUAUUAUCAACAAAGAAAUGUGUGACACUAUUUAAAGAUAAUUAAUUAUUAUCCUGUUUAUCUAGCCUUUUUUUUUAGUUUUCUUUUUUUUUUUAGUUCUGUUUUGUCAGUUUGUUGUGCUCAUCUUGGACGAAACUAAUUGUAAUACCCCACUUUUUUUUUCCUUCUGUUUUAACGGGUGGAGUUUGAUUCCCUGCAAUCAGUAUUUUACUCACGUCGUCGUUGUCGUCGUCGUCGUCGUCGUUGUCGUCGUUCACCAUAUCACAGACCACAACACCCACAGCUGGCUAUCACCACGGUGACCCUCACAACUGUAGGUCAACUUUAUAUUACAUCAUCUUUAAAUGAGAAACGGAAGACAAGAGACCCUUUUAUAUCCCCUGGAAUAUACACCUGGAAGUGCGUUCGUGUCUUUCAAAACGGAGCGAGCAAACCAAGUGCUCAGCAUGGGAAACACCUCUGAUUGUGCGGGGGUGGUCCCGGCUGUUGAGGCACAGUGGCGAACACUAACUCGGAUAGAAAUCGUAAGCCCCUAAUUAUUUCAGAAAAGAUGGAAAUGAAACCUCUGCAACCUUCGUGUGGGUCGUACUUAGGAAAUGUUAUUAACAAUAAAGAACUGUGAGCUAACAGGUUAAAAGCCAAAGAUCAGGACUCACUCUGCAAAACAUGAUUGGAGGGGGCUUGGUCGCAAACUCUGUAACCAGCGGGGAAAGGGCGGAUGAAAAAAGGAUUAAAUUGGAAUAUUUUGAGGUGUCGAGGCCUUAAUCCGGCUGGAACUACCACUGCAUCGACCAAUCAGUGAUGUGGCCUCAGUUGGCGUCGCUCGGCCCCUGGCUGCACCCCGCAACACCUGCUCUCACAACUGGGCCCCACACUAUUAAUCGCGGUCACAUUGAUGCCAGCAUAAAGGAAAUCGGACUCAAAAGCAGACUUUACAAGCACAAUGUGUUUAUGCACAAUGUCAAGCCUCCCCAGGGUUUAUUUUUCUUCUUCGUCCCAGUAUCAUCCACGACCUCUGUGCUUGAGGUGCAGGACUUUGCCAAACAGGAAGGGGUUUGGAUUCAUCGGACUGACUCUGCGAUCAUUCAAAUCACAGUCUGUCUUUCGUUUUGAUUUCGAACCGCUCAAAGGUUUGUGAACACCGGCUCCGUUUGUGAGGGGAAGGUUUUUUCUUUUCACACGGACGACUCCAGUUCUCCAACGAGCAUAAACCUGACCUGACCAUGUCCUGUUGUACAGUGUAGAGGGACAUAGUCAAGUCAAAUUUAAGGAUGUCAAAAUCUUUUCUUUCUUUUUAUUUUUCUCUCAUGAUAAUAAGGAAAAGAUGAUUGUUUCAUUGUUCAGGUUUGCUGCUGGCCACUAUGAGAUUCAUUUUUUUUAAAAAGCCAUCACAUUGCUUCUGUACAGAGGUUUGUGUUUUAGCGUCAGAGCGGUUGUAACAAAACAAAAAAACUGCAUAACUACAGAAAAUACAGCUCCAGCAUCUUCUGGGAACACGCAGACGUCAGUGUUCAAUAUUAAAUGAGAAAAAACCUUUAAUUAACUGAACCAGCAAAUUGUUCAAAUACAUUCAUUUCACUCUCAGACAAGCUUUAUAUUUAGCUUGUCGAGCCUACAAGGGGAUUCAUUACUCGCCGUCGAAGUGAAGCGCAAAGACUGUGAAUUAAAGAUGGACGACACGUCUCCACUCUCCCCCCACCGCACACAAGUGAAGCCGAAGUGUCCCGGGUGCACGGGCGCGGCCAUCUUGUCUCCGCUAUCAAACAUGAUGUUUCACCCUAUUUUUAUGACGUCAAAUAACGAACUAAAACCGAACCUACAUGAAAAAUGAGCUCUUCAGCAAACAUCAGUGUGAUGAACUACCUAAAAUGACAGACACCAUCUUUGGGUAAAAGUAGUAUGAUUUGCGAACAUGGAGGAGUUUAGCACCUCUACUGCAGCCGGCCACCAGGGGGCAAUGGGGAUGUUUUGGCUUCAUUUUUGGGAGCCGACUUGUCGUCCAUCUCUAUUUACAGUCAUUGGUGUGAAAGUCACAACUCUUUGAAGAGCAUCACCACACUCGUUUUAUGCUGUUCAAGUUGUCGUAACCAACAGGAGCUAGCUGGCAGUUAGUGAGUUGAGUAUAUAUACUUCUAAAUAUUGAAGUAUAUAGUACUUUAUCUGCUUUCUGUCUCCGAGUAUCUAAACACAUUGUGGUUCAUGGCAAAAUGACAACUCUGACUCCACUACACACCUCUUCAAUGUGUAUUUCAUUAAUAGUUUCACGAAAUUAAAAAUAACCUUAGUUCUAUCCCCUAGAUUUAUCUUUAAAAUUUGUCCAGACAUAUUUAUUUUCUACCAAAUGGCAAAUGACUGAAAUCUUGUCCGACCUAUGACAACUGUUAGUCUUGGCUGUUUGGCUCGUGGAUCCACCCUGAGGUGUAUAUUUUCCGUUGAUGAGAGAGUUAAAGGUCUACGGUAAAGAAAUGUGGACAGAUAUAUGUGUUUGCAGUGUGGGGGUUAACUACAGGUGACGUGGUCAAACGUCAUACCAAGUUGGGUUUUUUGUUUUUGAUCUAAACACACACAGUCUGCUUUAAUAGGAACUAUUCCAACAACUAUACGUACAGUACAUACUUGACACCUGCUUUAACAGCUGUAAAGGACUUCUGUUACACACACCACACACACACACACACACACACACACACACACACACACACACACACACACACACACACACACACACACACACACACACACACACACACACACACACACACACACACACACACACACACACACACACACACACCUACCUACCUACCUGUACAUGAAAGAACAACCUCAUACCUGUAGGGAUGGAGUCUCCCGGCUGUCCUUUGUGUUUGAGCCUGGGCUGCGUCUCAGCACUGUUACCACGCGCCCUCCCUCUUGUCCCUGCAUAGACACAUAGCCACUGACCCCCCCCCCCCCCCCCCCCCCCCCCCCCCCGAGGCCUCUGAAGCCACAUGGACUUCUUCUGGAGAGGGAGGGGACGGGGGGUCGCAGGAAUGGAUUUAGGCGUCGCAGACCAGCUGUGCACACAGGCGACUUACAUCAUUAUUUUAAUUUCAUAUUUUUGACUUUUUGAGUUUUAGGGGAAAAAAAGAACAAAAAACAAAAAAAACAAUUGUGAGAUGAGUUACCCUCCUACUUAGCAUGACUUUUUAAAAAACCUUUAAAAGGCCAAUUAAAAACAAAAAACGGAGAAAAAAAAAACGGAAAAAUGAUAAUUGAAAAAAGAAGAAAGAAUUACCUAUGUACUGGAAACAUGUUAAAGAAGAAAUAUUGUAUUCUGUUUAAUUUUGACAGACUUAUUUUUAUUAAAAUACACCCAUAAGCAUA